AUGACCAGCAAGCGCAUGGCAAAGAAGGCCGUACCGUCGACAAGGACGGCGGCAGCGGCGACUGCACCAACGGAUAUGGAGGCUGUGGAGGAGUCGGGCGUCGCUGACGCCGCAGCGCCCGUUUUGCUGCAGGAAGACAGCGGCUCGCUUGGGGAAUCACUUUACAAGGCGCUCAUGGAGGGAGCAUCCAUCGAUCAUGUGGUGAACGACCUCCUCCGUAUCUACUCUGAAGGCGGCAAGGACUCCGUGUGUUGUGCUAUUCUGAACCUUGUGGGGAAAGCCUCGGGUGCAGUUCAGGCAGAAUUGGACGGGACUGCCCUCAAGGAGGACGUGGACGUUACGACGCUCCUGGAGGAGAUGUACGCCCGCGUCCAGCAAGAGGCCGCCGCGUAUCCAUUAGUUCGAAAGGAGCCCAAGUAUCGCGUUUUCCGUACUGCCUAUCGUCGCUUCUUUGCUCGUCUCGUAGAACUUGGCUAUAAUGCGAAUGUUCUGCUUAACGGUCUGCUGCUUUCGACGCUUCUGCGAUGGCUUAUUGCCAUGAGUGAUAGCAAGGCGCGGUGCUUCCGUCACACGGCCAUUGUCGCGCUCCUUUCCAUUGUUGGGGCUCUCAAUGGUCUGAUUCGGGACCUCAAACACCGGCUCCCCUCACAGGGGCGCGGAAAAAAGCAGCAGGCGAGCGCCUUGCAAGAAAGUAUUCAGGCGAUGGUGGAUUUGCGUAGCGAUGUGAUCUCUCAAGCUAUUCACCAGCGUCCUCGCGACGUCGCUCCCGAAAUCCGACUUUUGGUUUUUGAGCACUUGGAGAAGUGGAUUCUCAACUACGAUGAGGAAUUCGCAGAGAACAAGUAUUUCCGCUAUUUCGGUAUGGCUCUGUACGAUAAACGACCAGAGAUUCGUGCGGAGGCCCUGAAGAUGAUACAAAAAUCUCUUGUGGCGACGCCAGAGAGUGGCAACCGCAUGUUUUUGUUUUUACAUUUCUUUUCCAGUCGGCUUGUGGAGAUGUGUAGUGACGUCAACCUACGAUGUGCUGAAUUGGCCAUUGGCGUCAUUGUUCUCAUUCUCCGUGUCUACGGUGACGAAGUCGAGGGGAAAGAACUGCUUGAUAACGAUAUGUUUGAUCGUGUGCUGCUGACACUUUUCGAUGAGCGUCCGACCAUACGCCAUGAGGCCGGAGUCCUCCUACGGGCCUUCAUAGACUCUCGUGUCCCCACAGAUGCCUCCAACGGUGUUGGUUACCAUAAAGCUGCAAUGGAGUUAUUGUGCGCCUUUGCCGCCACACUUCGCUCGCAGUACGGGGAGGCCAUGCCAGAGCGCUACCUUGUUGAUGCCCUCUGCAACCCUCCGCAGGAGCUGCCGUCUUUUCUGGAAAGCUACGGCUCGAUGCUAGACUUUGUCGCGUCAGAUGAUGUCUCAGAGGUGGUGGUGGGAUUGGGUCUGGUUGCCGCGUUUCUUGAAAAGCUGCGCGGCAGGUUGGACCUCGGUCCCCUUCCAAAGGAGGAUCGCCGUCAAGGCGCCGCCAAGAAACUUCCAGCGAACACGCAAGAGACGAUUGAUUCACUGGUGAUCUCCCUAAGCCGCGACGUGGGAGUCGUAUUGGCUGGAGUUCUUGAGAAGCAUCGCGGUGAGGUGGCCAUUUUGUCCGGGGUUUCUGCAGUGAUUGCGGCCAUGGAUUUUAAGGCGUUUAGCACCUUGGAGCAGGCGGCGCGGAUAAAUGCCCUCAUGACGCUGAUUCGCAAGGCCACUGCCUCCCUGCCACACUGUGAGGAGACACACCUUAACCAGGUGACUGCUGCCUGGCUUGGGUUUGUUGCUGAGGAUCAUCCAAUGAAAAGUGAGGCGAUGGGCCAGAUACAGGAGCUUUUCAAACAGGUCUUGAAGCAGCUCUAUGCGCUAGAGAAGGUGAAAGCGAGGUCUGGCGGUCAAACGGCGGAAAAGGAAUUUUUGCAUGUAUGGGGACGAAUGAGCAUUCUCUCGUCGCUUGUACCCAUGGUGGAUCAAUGGGAUGUAUUGAAGGCAUCUCUCCUGAGGUGCAUCGAUGGGAAUACUUCCCCGGCGCUGCUGCGAUUGAUCUUAUCCACCUCCAUGCGUUGUAUCCUGUGGCAGUUGAACGCGGAGCAGGAGGCAGCGGAAUCCACGGAGACCUCCACGACUGCCACCCAAAUGAUUGGGGAAUUUGUACCCUGCAUCUUCCAGGUGUGGAAAAUGGACUUUCGGGGACGGGAGGAGACGUCCAGUCUGCUCCUUGUGGAUAGUAUGGUCAAUCUCUGCGACCUUUGCGCGCUGCGGCACUACACCAUGUCGCAAAUAGAGCAGGACAUGUUUUUGGGAAAGUUCGGCGAGUUGUCAAGUGUUUUGGGCAACGCGAUGCAUGAAGCGAAGGAGAAACUAAAGGAGGCGGGAGACCGGUUUCGCGACGGUGGCGCGCUGAAUGAAGUUGCAUUGUCUCGUCGAGAAGUAUCGGCGCUUGAGGCGUCCCAGUUGCGUGUGGCGACGGGUGUUGCACGUCUGCUGCUGCUCAAUCGUCUUGCGGAGGAUGUGGCCCCGCGUGUCUUCCUGCAAUGGGUGCAUGCACCCAGCAAAUGUGUUUCAGACGUGUUCCGCUACUUAUUUCGCUCUCUGCGCGAUCGAUGCAACGACAGCUUCACUCUUGAGAAAUCUAUCCUUCUCGCGACGUACCACCACGCUUCGGAUGCGCUCUACCAGAUGGGAAUGAAACUUUCCUCCAUGCACUGGCCUCUUCCUGACAAGUACUACGCGGCAUGUGUCAGCAUGGUCCGGUUUGGAAUGGAGUUUGCCACAAGCACAGAUCCCGCGAUGCUGCAGGCCGUUGUUGCCUAUUGCCCCAAACUCCUUAAGGUGGAUGCCCUGGGUUUGGCGCAUGCGCUGGCGGCAAACGAAUCGCUGGCGGCGAGCAGCGAUCCGAAUGCGCAGCUGUUCAUUUCAGCCAUCCGUCGGGCUGCGCGGUUGGAGGAGGCGGCGGCAAACGCCGCGACCCCCGUGCGAAGUGCCAAGCGGAUGCGAGAAGAGGCGGCGUCGGAAGCUAUGGAGACGGGCGGCGAGCACGCACUUCAGCCACAGAAGUCGCAGCAGGCAGCAGCAGGGGCGGAGGAAGCAGGAGGGGAGGCUGUGGUGGUAUCGUCAAGUAAGGGCACGCCAAGGUCCCGAUCCCGGCGCCGUACUGCAGCGAAGGCGCCAGCGGCGUCCAAUCGCGUAACCACAGAAGACGGGUGGCGUGUGCGUCCUGGGGAGGAGGAGGUUGCUGCGAGUGUAGUGUCGUCCGUCUCGGAGACGAGGGAGGCGACGCGUGGUCGGCAAACACGAGGCCUCAAACAAUCGCAGACAGCGGCGGAGGCCGCGGCGACCCAAGAAACGGUCCUCUCCUCCUUGGCAGCUGAAUUGGAUAACGAUGAGGUAUUUAUCGCCACGCAGGAGUACGAUUAG